AUGCUGAAAUUCAUUGGUUUCGUUCAAUAUGAAGGAGUUGGACGUGUGUGGUCUGCAGAUAAGCUCAAAAUACUGUGUAAUGUAGAAAAUGAUGAUGGUAUCCAACAAAAUAUUAUGAUGGAUGUUAACAUUUUAAUUAGUAAUGGGAUCAAUGUUGAAGAAAGUCCAGUAAGGUGUACUAAUUCACCAAGCAUUGUCCAGGACGACGAACAUUCUUUUGUCGAUAACACUAAAGAUGCAUUUAUAUGGAACAAAAAUCUUGUGACUUUGCUCAUUGAAACACGAAUUGAAAUGGACACUUCCUUUCAAGGAAACAAAUUCAAAAAAAAUGUAUUAUGGAUGAAAGUUGCUGAAAAGUUAAAUACAUCUUUUCCAAACUAUGCACCUGUCAGUGCCGAUAAAUGUGAUUCCAAAUGGAGAAAUCUCUGGGUUACCUACAAAGCUAACGUAAAGAAAUCACAUUUAUCAGGAAGAGACAGUGUCACCUGGGAAUACUAUGAUGUUCUUGAUGAACAAUUUGGAAAAAAACCAAAUGUACGGCCUCCUCCAAGUACCUUAAUUAGUACACUAAAUUCAUCUUAUACUUCUAAUGAAGAUGAUCACCAUUUAGAAUCCCUUGAUAAUACACUUGAUAAAUCUCCUGGUCAAUUUGAUAAUAUAACAAAUAAUAAUAUUACAGUUAGAGAAACUAGGCAAGAAAAUUAUAAAAGAUUAAAUACUGGGUAUGGUAUGGCUAAUUAUAUAAAUUUGAAGAAGAAAGAAAUUGAAUAUCAAAACGAAAUUCAAAAAAAGCUAUUGCACCUCAAAGAAAGAGAGGUAGAUGCAUUGUGCACAAUGUCUCAAGCUCUCAAGACUAUGGCUGAUAAAGCAAGCAACAUAUGA